AUGGCCCUGGGCGAGGAGCGGGCGGCGGGCGCGCCGGAGGACGGGGCGGAGGACGAGGUGCUGGCGCGCGGCAGCGCCCUCGAGGCGUUCGGCGAGAGCGCGGAGACCCGGGCGCUGCUCGGCCGCCUGCGGGAGGUGCUCGGCGACCGUGCGGCCCGGGAGGGCGCCCUGGAGCGGUUCCGAGUGAUAAUGGACAAAUACCAGGAGCAGCCCCAUCUGCUGGACCCGCACCUCGAAUGGAUGAUGAACUUGUUGUUGGAUAUAGUGCAAGAUAAGACCUCUCCAGCUGACCUCAUACACCUGGCUUUUAAAUUUCUUUACAUCAUCACCAAGGUUCGAGGAUAUAAAACAUUUCUUCGUUUAUUUCCUCAUGAAGUAGCCAACGUACAGCCUGUUUUAGAUAUGUUUACAAAUCAGAAUCCCAGAGACCAUGAGACUUGGGAGACGCGCUACAUGCUGUUACUGUGGCUCUCUGUGACCUGCUUGAUCCCUUUUGAUUUUUCACGCCUCGACGGGAACCUCCUUACGCAACCUGGACAGACGCGAAUGUCCAUAAUGGAUCGCAUUCUCCAAAUAGCAGAGGCCUACCUGGUUGUCAGUGACAAGGCCCGAGAUGCAGCCGCUGUCCUUGUGUCCAAGUUUGUCACACGGCCUGAUGUCAAGCAGAAGAAGAUGGCUGGCUUCCUGGACUGGAGCCUGCACACCUUGGCCCGCUCCUCCUUCCAGACCAUCGAGGGGGUCAUUGCCAUGGAUGGCACGCUGCAGGCCCUGGCGCAAAUAUUUAAGCAUGGAAAGCGUGAGGACUGUUUACCCUACGCUGCCACCGUCCUCAAGUGCCUGGAGGGCUGCAACCUCCCCGACAGCAACCAGACCCUGCUCCGGAAACUUGGAGUGAAGCUCGUGCAGCGGCUGGGACUGACCUUCCUGAAGCCCAGGGUGGCAAAGUGGAGGUACCAGCGCGGCUGCCGCUCCCUGGCCGCCAACCUGCAGCCGCGCUUGCAGGGUCCGGAGGGGUCGCAGAUGCCCGCGGAGACUGCCGACUGCGACAGCGACGGCGACUAUGACGUGCCCGAGGACGUGGAGAGCGUGAUAGAGCAGCUGCUGGUUGGGCUGAAGGACCAGGACACAAUCGUGCGGUGGUCUGCGGCCAAAGGGAUUGGCAGGAUGGCUGCGAGGCUUCCCAGAGAGCUGGCGGAUGACGUGGUUGGGUCCGUGCUGGAUUGUUUCAGUUUUCAGGAGACGGACAAUGCCUGGCACGGUGGCUGUCUGGCGUUGGCGGAACUGGGCAGAAGAGGCCUGUUGCUCCCUUCUCGACUCGAGGAUGUUGUUCCCGUGAUCCUGAAGGCGCUGACCUAUGAGGAGAAGCGGGGCUCCUGCAGCGUGGGCACCAAUGUUAGAGACGCCGCCUGCUAUGUGUGCUGGGCCUUUGCACGUGCCUACGAGCCCCGGGAGCUGCAGCCCUUCGUGGCCGCCAUUUCCAGCGCCCUGGUGAUUGCCACGGUGUUUGACCGAAACAUAAACUGCAGGAGAGCAGCCUCUGCCGCUUUCCAGGAGAAUGUGGGAAGACAGGGCACUUUCCCCCAUGGAAUUGACAUUUUGACCGCAGCGGACUACUUUGCUGUUGGCAACAGAGCUAACUGUUUCCUGGUUAUAAGCAUGUUUAUCGCCGGCUUUCCUGAGUACACACAGCCGAUGAUAGACCACCUGGUGGCCAUGAAGAUCAACCACUGGGAUGGGGUCAUCAGGGAGCUGUCCGCGAAGGCUCUGCACAACCUGGCCCAGCGAGCGCCGGAGUACAGCGCCACUCACGUUCUCCCCUGCCUGCUGUCGAAGACGCAGAGCCUGGACCUGCACACGCGGCACGGGGCUGUGCUCGCCUGUGCGGAGCUCGCCCGCGGCUUGUACCGACUCGCCGUGCAAGAGGACAGGCCCGUCGCAGACUACCUGGAUGAUGCGGCGGUGCGCGGCCUGAAGCAGAUCCACCAGCAGCUCUACGACCGCCAGUUAUACAGGGGUCUAGGAGGAGAACUCAUGAGACAAGCAGUGUGCGUUUUAAUAGAAAACUUGUCCCUUUCCAAAAUGCCUUUUAGAGGUGACGUCGUCAUUGAUGGUUGGCAGUGGCUGAUAGAUGACACGUUGAGGAAUCUCCAUCUUAUUUCAAGUCACUCUAGACAACAGGUCAAGGAGGCGGCGGUCUCGGCCCUGGCUGCGCUCUGCUGCGAGUACUACGUCCUGGAUGGCGGGCAGGCCGAUCCCGUCAAGCAGGAGGAGCUGCUGCAGCAGUACCUGGCCGACCUGCAGAGCCCCGAGGAGAUGGCUCGCUGCGGCUUCUCGCUGGCCCUGGGCACCCUGCCUCGCGUCCUCCUCCAGGGCAGGCUGCAGCAGGUGCUGGCUGGCUUGGGAGCCGUGACCACCAUCUGUCCCAAGGACGUGAGCUUUGCCGAGUCCAGGCGGGAUGCCUUGAAGGCGAUCUCGAGGGUUUGCCAGACGGUCGGCGUGAGAGCAGGAGGAGCCCCAGACGAGGUUGUGUGUGAGGAGAACGUCUCCCAGAUUUACCGCACGCUGCUGGGCUGUCUGCGCGACUACACCACCGAUAGCCGAGGGGACGUGGGUGCCUGGGUCCGCGAGGCCGCCAUGACCAGCCUGAGGGACCUGACGCUCCUGCUGGGGAGGGAGCAGCCUGAGCUGCUGGAGGCCAGCAUCUGUCAGCAGGUUAUGUGUUGUGUGGCCCAGCAGGCGAGUGAGAAGAUCGACCGGGUCCGUGCCCACGCUGCGCGGGUGUUCAUGAUGCUGCUGCACUGCGAAGGCGCCCCCCUCCCUCACGUGCCCCACCGAGGACAGCUGGAGGAGCUCUUCCCCAGGUCUGACGUGGCCUCUGUGAACUGGAAUGCGCCGUCCCAGGCCUUCCCUCGCAUCACCCGGCUUCUGGGGCUGCCCGCCUACCGCUACCACGUUCUGCUGGGCCUGGCUGUGUCCGUGGGUGGCUUGACAGAGUCCACGGUCAGGUACUCGACGCAGAGCCUCUUCGAGUACAUGAAGGGGAUUCAGAACGACCCGCAGGCCCUAGAGGGCUUUGGGGGGACCCUUCUGCAACUCUUUGAGGACAACCUUCUGAAUGACAGGGUGUCUGUGCCGCUGCUGAAGAUGCUGGACCAGAUGCUGGCCAAUGGGUGCUUCGACCUCUUCACUGCGGAGCAGGACCACCCGUUCGGCGUGAAGCUACUGGCGCUCUGUAAGGAGGAGACCAGGAAAUCCAAGGAUGUGCAGAAGCUGCGGUCGGGCAUUGCUGUGUUCUGUGGGAUGGUACAGUUCCCGGGGGACGUGAGGAGGAAGGUCCUCCUGCAGUUGUGCCUCCUGCUGUGCCACCCGUUCCCUGUGAUCCGGAAGAGCACGGCGAGCCAGGUGUACGAGAUGCUGCUCACCUACGGGGACUUCCUGGCUGACGGCGUCCUGGAGGAGGUCAUGGCUGUGCUGGGCGCCACGGCCUGGGACGCGGAGCUCCCAGUCGUGAGAGCCCAGCGGAACCACCUAUGUGACCUCCUCGGCGUGCCCCGACCGCAGCUGGUCCCUAAGCCUGGCACCGGCUGAGCCCCUGCUGCCCAGGGGGCGGAGGAGACCGACGCUGGUCAGCACACCUGACCACUGGAGGUGGCCCCGGGCCCGGAGGUGGCCCCACCUGAGCAGCAGCUCUUCUUCCCGUGUCUGGGGUGUUGGUGCUUUGUCUUCACGUCCGUGGGAACCCCGUCCAUAAAACCAUGUCCCGAGCA